AUGGAGUGGCGUGGCGACAACGAACAAACCGCACGGCCUACGAGUACCAUAAGGUACCAUGCAGAUAAACCGGUAAUGUGAUACCUAUACAAAAUAAUAUUCAUUGUCUACUUAGUAUUGUUACGUUAUAAUGAUUAUUAUAGGUAGGUACCUACCUAGGACCAGGAUUCAUAAAAGUAUUCGUAUAUUUUAUUAGGGCUAGAAGAGCGUUUAACCCGAUUUAUGUGAACCAAUCUUUAGUAGGUACCUAUAAUACUUGUCUAGUUCAAAAAAUUUAAAACAAAUUGUAUUUUAUUAUAUAGUAAUUAUAUCCAUACCAGCGCUGUAGUAAGCUAAUUAUAGUAUUUUAUUGUCCAUAUAAAAUGUGCACAAUAAAACGCACUAUAUUUCAUAAUUAUAUUUUAUUAUUUUAAGUUGUGUAUCAUCGUUGAUUUUAUAUUAAUAGACCAGCCAUUUGUACACGUAGAACGGUCAUAGAGGGCGCUUUUCACGUGUGACUUGUGACUUUAACGUGGUCUUAUUGUACAUUGUAUUACGCACACACAAUGGCAAAACUGAUGUGAUUAUACUGUACACCACGUAAUAUGUCUGACCGGUCACUACCCCAGCUAUUUUAUAGGCAAGGCCAGACUAUUAGUGUAGAUCUACGAUUAUUAUACAGAGUAAUCACACUAUCGUAAGACACUAAAGACAUAUCUUGGAAAAUAUUAAUUUGUUUUAACAAGCAGUUCUACAAUUUUACAUUUUUAUUUUAUUUUUGGAGGUGAAACCACUAUCUAAUUUUAAUUUUCAAAUAGAAACCUAUAUUAAAAAGUCAAGAAAUUACAGGUGAAACAACCUGAAAUAUAAAAAAAUCAAAUAACCAACUCUGUCAGUAAUAUUAUAUUUAAAUUUGGUCGCAUUAAAAUGUUUUGGUUUAUUAGAUUACACAAACUUUUUUUGGCUGGUGAAUAAAGUUAGCUUACAGGCUUUUAAAAAAUAAUUUAACUAUUCAAAGUGAAUAAUGGCUUAGUAAAUAAUUUCCAAUUUAAUUGUAAACUCAAACUAAUUAACAGCAGUUGAUAAAUUUAUAAUUCAUUAUUAUGUAUUAAUGUUGUAGUAGACUUUGUAUAAAUCUGGGUGUAAAUAUUACUACAAGAAUCAUUUUAACCAUAAUCCAAUCUUUAUUAUAUUGUAUGAAAUUAUUUUUUUUAGUUUUUCCUUACCUUUGAUCGAAUUAUAUGAUAAUAGUAUAUUAAAAUUUAGUAUGUGCACUAUCAUUACUGACACUAUAAAGAAUAACUAAAAUAUACUUGAAAGUGGUAUAAAUAUUAUAUCACGUUUUUAACUUUUACUAAUAAUAUUAUAAAUAGGUAAACAAUAAAUCGUUGCCCUUCAUUAUUAUUUAUAACCACCUAUAUAUUAUGUAAUUUCAAUGCAUUAAAUUUGAUGAUUAAUAUAGUUGUAUGUUUAUUGUUUUCUUAAGUCAUGGGCUAUUGGAUAUUUCAUAAGUGCUAAUGAAGGAUUAAAUAAGAAUGACACAUUAAGUUAUUCAAUUGUACCUACCCAUUGGGUAGUGUUCCAACAAGAUGGUUUGGUUUGCAAAUGGCCAAAUGAAAAAUCAAUAAAUGUAGCUAAUCUUGUAAAAAAUAGUAUACAUUUAAACGAAGAUUACUCUUUGUAUCAUUUCAAAUUAGCAAACAAUAGAUACUAUGGUAAGUACCUAUCAGCAUAAUACAUCUUAUCUGAUAGUUUUAUAUGUUUAUGAUUUUUAGAUACUAUGUAGCGUAGCUUUUAAAGAUUCAUAACUAAGCAUUGAUGUGCUAUGUGGUUUAUUUAUCUAUGAAAAUUUAAAAUGUGAAAUAAUCAUCAGUUUGUGACAAUAUGUAUGAACUUAUGUUUCCUCGCUAUUUUUCAUUGUGUUGGCUACUAAAUUUUAUUAAAUUACCUAACAAGUUGGAAUCUAGAACCGAUUUUUAUACAUAACUAAUACAUGGGUUUUACCCGAGGACUCCAAUUCUCUUACUUGUAUCAAAAACAAUAGAGUAACUAAAAUUUGUUUAAAAGAUAUUUGGCAACUGAAAAAAAUCCACAAAUACAUUACAGUAAAAUGAAAUGUAAAAAAUUGAUUGUCAAAUAUUUGUAUUUAUAAGAAAAAUGUUUCACUGUAACUGAAUUAAACAAUCAUUGUCAUUUAAAUUGAUUCUUCUACAAACUUUGGACAUUUUGAUUAUUAUAAACAAAUAAAAAUAGUGUUUGAUGUAUCACUAUAUCACUAGAAUAUUGUAAAAUUAACAGUGGAUCACAAGUCAUACCAAUGCCCACAAUUAUAUUUAUAUAUUACAUAUUUCAAUGAUAUAAUUGUUUUUUAAAGAAUAUAAAUAUUUCAUGAUCAAAUAUAAUUUAUUUUGGUUUAGAUUCAUUGGAAGAAGCGAAUGAACAAUUAUUGGAAAUGUUUGGUUUAUUGGAUUCUGAAAGUAUGCAUUCUCUUAUUAAGAAUAAAGGUGAAGAUCGUACAAUUUCUUUACAAGAUCAUAAUAUGGAACAAUAUACCAUUAAAGUAGUUAAAUAUAAAAAUUUAAAACUAAUAUAAUUUUCUAAAUUAAAUAUUAACGACCAUUUUACAGAGAUCAACCGAUAUUCAUAAUUUGGAGAGCAAUUAUUCUUUAACAGCAAGAUUUAAUCAUGAUGAUAAUAGAAGAACCAAUGUACCUAUAUCAAAAAUAGUCAGUAUCAUAUAAUUGAUAAAUUAUAUAUUACUAGUUAAAUUAAAUGAUAUUUCCCUGAACUUGAUCCUUUCAGCAACAGAAUAAUGAUUUUAUGUGUCUCUUCAUUUCCAUCUUUAUUCCUAUCACAAUUAAUUGGGGUUGUUGUCUGGUAGUUUAACUUUUUAAAAUAGUACUUCUAAUAUAGGUACCACAUAAUGUUUUAAUUUUAUGUACUAGUUUAAAUUAAAUAUAUUCUUAAGGAAUUUAAUAAUUUUUUUAAUAGGACGUGACUCGUGUAAAUUCAAUAUCAAAUCAAAAUGUUGGUUCACUACGUGGUAAUUUAAAUGACGCUACAUUUUCUUGUCCUACACAAAGAAUGAAUCAGUUUGGUAAUGAUAAUAUGAUGGGUAAUGUUAACUUCCUUCCAAAUCCAACAUCAAAGGUAAUAUAGUUAUAGAUUUUAAUUUAUGUAAUAUCCACAAUUUUGAUAUAUAAAUUUAUAAUAUUUGAAUAUUAAUGAUUUAACUGUAUAAAAAUAUGUUUAUUUCAUAAUUUAUUGGUUUUGAAUACUUUUAGUUCUGUUAAUAAGUGUUGUAUAUAUUUGUAUGUAUAAAAAACUAAUUUGAAUUUUCAUACGCAUACAAAUAUAUUAUUUCUAUAUAACUAUAGUUACUCAUUUUGAUUGAGAUAGGUACGUAUCUGAUAUCAGAUAAUUUUCUAAACAUACUAAUGAUUUUUUUGUGUCAGUCGUAAAUACUCCCAACAGUGUCUACAGUCUAACACCAAAACAACAUUUUUCAUAUUUAAAAGGCUGAAAACUUACUCAAGAACACAAUGACUGAAAUAAUUUUUUCAAAAUAUAAUUUGAUAUUGAAAAUGAUAAGUUAAUUAGUAUUUGAAUGUUUUUUAAACUCGACUUAACGAACUGACAAUGUUGACUUUUCAUAAUGAUGUGCCACUUUCAGCUGAAAUACUCAAUGAUCUGUCUAAAAAUCCAUCUAAAUUUGUCUUUGCAUUACUAAAUUAAACAAAUAGUUUGUGCUACAAAAAUUGUUCAUUAUUUAAAUAUUAUAUUUGUACUGAUUCCUAUUGAAAUUAGAAUUUUGGUAUGAUUAUAAUACUUUUAAUUAUAUAUUAAAAGGGGCUUCAUAGUUCUAAGUCAGUAAUUUCCAACAAUUUUUAUUCUACACCUCCUGGUAAAUUUUCAAAAAUCUCACACCCCCUCUUCUUAAAUUAGAUUAGGCUAUUACAGUUUAGACAAACUUUUUUUUUAAAUUAAAUUUUUAGAUUAUAUUCGAAGAAUGUAUUGUCUUUACAGCCAAAGAUUUUUAUUUUUAUUUUUUAUGUGCUCGCUUUUUACUAGAAAGCUUACUUUGACUAUCAAGUUGUGAAAGAAAAUGUUUUCUAGGUGGUACUUUAAAUAUUUUUUGAAAUUUUCAUUCAUAUUUGAGAUAAUGAUAAAACCUGGUUCUUUAGGCUAAAAAAGAUAAAAAUAUUAAAAAUAAGGUUGUCAUUGGCAACCAUUUUUAUUUAUUUUUUGUUAUUAUGAAGUCUUUAUUAUUAUUAUAAUACUUUUUAAGCAAGCAUUGUUGUUGUGGAAAUGCACAUAAUUAUCAUGUUACCAUAAAUAUGGUAUAAAUAUUGUUAACAAAUUAACACUAUCAGCUGAAUUUCGCUCAGAAUCGUUUUUUCAUUAGCAAUAGUUUAUUGUUGCUUACAGAUAUAAAUUAUAUUCCUAUCUGUAUCCAACCUUCUCAACUUCACGAUGCAUCCACAUGUGAAGUAUGCACUUCCUUUUUUUAAAUAAAUUGUACAAAAUACCUAUAUAUACACAUUAUACAACUAAAAUUAAUUUAUUGUUUUAAAUUUUACUAAUUGUAAAAUGGCAUAGUUAUUUUACAACAAAAUGUUCGUCAUUUCAUCAUCAGUACAUUAUUCCUGGGGCGAUUUCCCUUUCCCUCCGUUGAAAACCACUGUUUUAAGUGAUGUAUUGGACUUAUAAUAACAAAACAUAAUAUAAAUAAUAAAAACCAUGUUGUUCUUCUUUUUCAUUCAAAAUUCUUGAGUACACCCCUUACAUAAAAUUUGAGAUUAAUAAAAUAUUUAAUUUGAUAAUUUGAGUAUGUAUAAAUUAACUAACAAUCUUUACAAUUGAUUUAAUUAAAAUUUUGACUACACACCUUAAAAAUAAAUAAAUACUUAAUGUCAAUAAUAUACAAUAAUUUAAUACUAUAUAUCUUAAAAACUACACAUAUUAAUUUUUAAUACAAUUAUAGGUUCCAUUAAGAACGGAAACUUGCAUUAGAUUUGAAAAGGAUAAGUCUAUACAAAAUAAUUUACACCCAGAAAGUUUACAAGGUGAAGUGUUGACUUUAAAUAGUGCCCCUAAACCAAUAUUCCAGCCUAGUAAAAUAGAAUGGGACACAAUGAAAAGUAAUUUUUUUAAACUCUUAAAUAUAUUUAAAUCAUAUUUAAUUAUUUAAACAUAAUAUUAUAAUACGUGAUCAAUUAUAUUGUUUUAAUUAGGGUUGGAAUUUUGACCAGUCUAAUUCUUUUUAUCAAUUGAAGAAAUUGUACAGGUCAAUUGAAUGUCAACCCUAAUAUUGAAAUAUUAUAAUAUGUAUUCACUAAACUGUAUUAAUUUAAUUUCACUUAUAAUUUAUUAAAAUAUACGUUGACACUUAUAUUGAAUAACAUUAUUUUAAAUAAAAAUUAUUAGGUUUCAUAUAUUUUAUAAAGUUUUGUCUUUAUAUGUGCAAAUAUGAACCUUUCCAUAUAAUACGUGAAUUAUUAUUCUAUUAGGUGAAUUGAAAGAUAUUAAGUCCGAGUUAAUGGCUAACCGUAUAAUCAGAGACCAAUUAUGGAAUAAGUUAGAUAGUUUACAAAAAGAAAUUACGAAUUUGAAAUCAAAUGCCACUAUAUUUACAACACAGGAUCCAAUGGAUAAAUUGUUUUUACAUCUUUUACCAAUAUCAAGUGUUGAAAAAUUAAACCAUUGUGAAAAUAUGUUGAAAGAUACUGCUAUCAAAGAUAAAUUAGUAUGUAUUAUUGUUGUAAUCAUUUGACCAAUUUUCUACUAAAAACAAUAUAUUUCAUCAGUGAAAUUGUAUUAUAUUUAUAGAUAAAUAUGUUUAGUGCAAUUGGUGGAGAUAACGAAAAAAAUCAUGUACGUCGUAUUUUAAAUAGUUUAUUCACUAAAUCAUUUGCUAUUCGAUGUUCAUGGACAGGUCGGGGUUCUCGGAAAAACAUAUCAUAUGUCAAAAUUCAAGGAAGAUUGAUCAUACAAAUUAUGCAGAGUUAGUUCUUUUAAUUGUUUUUUUUUUUUUUCACUACCAAUUUAAAUAAUACAUAUUACUCUUUUCUUUCCUUAGGUGUUAUAAUAAAUCUACAUAAAUGCUCUGAUUCAGAAUUUGAAUACAUUGUUCAAUUAUGGUUUACUCAUGCUAGAACUCAUUUCCAUGAGCAAGAUCAACAUAGUUUAACAUAA